CUAAGAGAUCCACAUUCCAUCCUUGCCCCUCGCUGGUGUAGUGUUGCUCCAGCCGGGGAAGGGAGAGCUUCUCGCCAGAGUGGCACGGGCAGGGUUAAUGAGACACCAUCGCAGGGAUCUGUGUGGUUGGAGAGAAGCUGGGGAAGAUGUCAGGGAACAGAGGGAGGUGUAAGAACUGACCAGACUGAGGAAGGUACAAGGGGACCAGCAGCUACAGCCGGGGCGGCAGAGACCAGAGGGCACUCUCCUUGUUCCCCAGCAGUGUUGUUAGAGCUUGGAGAGCACUUGGACCUUCAACUUCUCUGCCCAUUCCCAAUGCACUAGCUGGGGCAUCCCACUGGGUAGUGUUGGGGGCAAACUCAUCCUGCAGGAGCUAAGGCUGGACUGACGCUGAGGGGGCAAACGGAGCCUAAGUAGGAGGUUUUGGAGGCUGUCUCACAGGACACAGAGAGAAUGUCGGGAAACAGGACGGUUCUGGAGCAGAUCCUGUACACGUACCCCGAGUGCGAUGGCUGGAAGCACUUUGUGGAGGGGGCUAUUUACCACCUGGGGAAUUUGCUUCUCAUUCUUGCCUUCAUGGGGGGCAGUGGUAUCUAUGGCUGCAUCUAUAUUUUCGCGCUGAUGGGCGCUGGCUUUCUGUGCUUUGCCCUGUGGGGCUGGCUCUCAGCCUGCGGGGUGGAUAUAUUUGUUUGGAAUCUGCUGCUGCUGAUCAUGUGUUUGGCUCAGAUUUCCCACCUUUUGUACCAACUGCGGAAGGAGUCUUACGGGGAGCACUACGACACCCUGUACCGCACACUCUACCAACCCCUACAGGUGCCGCUGGAAGUCUUCAAGGAGAUUGCCCACUGCAGUGGGAUGGAGGUCCACUACUUGAGCGCAGAUCAAAGCUAUGCCCUGGAGGGGAAGACCCCUAUUGAGCGCCUGUCUCUGCUACUCUCUGGGAGGGUGAAGGUGAGUCUGGAAGGGCAGUUCCUGCAUUAUAUCUUCCCAUACCAAUUCCUAGACUCCCCUGAGUGGGAAUCCCUGCGCCCCUCUGAGGAAGGAUCAUUCCAGGUCACCCUAACGGCAGAGACGGACUGCGUUUUUGUCAGCUGGCCCAGAAAGAGGCUUUACCUCCUAUUGGCCAAGGAGAAAUACAUUUCCCGGCUCUUCUCUGUGCUUCUUGGCUUCGACAUUUCCCAGAAACUCUAUGCCCUCAAUGACAAGCUCUUUGCCAAGUUUGGCCUCCGCUUUGAUAUCCGCCUGCCCAGCCUCUACCAUGUGCUGGGUCCCUGCUCGGACUCGUCUGGGGAAAUUGCCCCGGAGCCUCUGCCUUCUCUUCUACCUCAGGAUCCACCCCCCAAGGUGGCGCCGCCCCUACCUCAGCAAGCACCAAUCAGCAGGGACCACCGGCCAGAGAGUGGCAUUCUGGGUGAGGAUUCCACCAGUCUAAUCCUGGAGGAUUUUGCUGAGCUGCCUGGUUCCUAUAUGGAUUAUGUGAGCGAGGGAGAGUAUUUGAAGUGAGAGGGGGCCAGGCAGCUGGUAUGGUAGCUCCCUGUGACUGUAUCCUGCAGAAGGGACACCCCCGGCUCCUCUCGUACGGCCGGGCCCCUCUGGCCCCAACUCAGACCCCGGAACUCUAGGGAACAAGUCAGAGAACCACGUCCCAAUGUGAGCACAAGCCACGAGUGUGUGUGUGAGUUCCCACUCACGGGAGUGCACUCAGCACUGAGUAGAGACUGUGGGAGCCCAGCGGAACAAGAAGACUGUGAGGGUCUCAGUACAGAAUCCCAUAGUGUGAGGAACCGCUGUGCCCAAUGGUGUCUCCUCUGCUUCCGGAUCAACCCCCCCGGCCCCUCACUCACUGGGUCUGUGGUGGCACCAAACUCCGCCCCCUCUCUACCCACGUGCCCCCAACCCCCUCACUGGCAUCACCCUGGCACCAUUAUGGGUUUCUCAGAUUCAUUAAAGUUUUAUUUAUUCACUUUUAA